CAAUUUUUUUUUUAAAUCAGGGCUAUAAAAUUGGAAAUCAUCGUCAGUUUCACUGGUUUUCCAUUUGCCCAGACUUAUCUUCUUCGGCAGAAGCAGAGCUUUGAACUUUUUAAAUCCAAUAUCCCGAUUAAUUCGAGAAAUUCCAGCAAAAAAUGGCUAUGUCUAUGGGGUUUCUCUCUGGAUUCGUGACCGGAGAAACAACAUCUUUCUUCAAGCCGCCGGUCACGGCGUCUUCGGUCAGGACCGCGCCUUCGCUUCCUAACUUGCAGACUUCGCGCGCGGUGGCCGUCUCCGCCUCUUCUAAGCCGUCCGCGGAGACGAAGAAGCCCGGCUUACGAGGUAUAAUGAAGCCGCGCCGUGUCUCGCCGGAAAUGCAGGCUUUCCUAGGCGGAGUUUCGGAAAUUCCCCGCACUCAAAUUAUCAAGGCGGUUUGGGAUCACAUUAAAAAGCACGACCUUCAGGACCCCACAAACAAGAAGAUCGUCGUGUGCGAUGAAAAGUUGAAGAAAAUUUUUGGCGGGAGGGAUCGGGUUGGGUUCCUCGAAAUUGCUGGACUGAUUGCUCCUCAUCUUCUUUAAGUAAUUUGAAAAGAAAUGUCAUAUUUUUGUAAAGGGAGUUGUUGGUGGAUUAUGCAGAAAUGUGUUCCUUGGAGUUGGAAAUCCCUUGUAUCAGCUUCAUGGUUGCUUCAAGUCCUAUCUGAGUUUUACCUCACCCCCCCUUUUUUUUGUUCUCAUGGAGUCAUAGACAUAUGUAUUGUGUGCUUGUGAAUUCAUGUCAAAAACCAUCCCUUAUUAGAUCCUGCAAUGCCAUUGCAAUGCCAUCAACGAUUUAGGCAAUGUUUUCCUCAUCUGAAUGAUUUUGAUCUAUUUGGAAUAAAAUAUGAAACAACCCGCGAAUGGUUCAAUCGGGGCCCCGACAUUCCGGACCCAUCACCUUCACCAACAAUCGAGACCCAUUUCUCGGUUCACCCAAUCCAUUUACAGAAAGGCCAAGGAGACUGAGCUGUCGGUGCCCACUGCGUUAUCUCUUCCGUUCUCCUCCUCCGCCUCCGCCGCCGCGAAGGCUGGGUUCGUCGGGUGGUACUUGGAAUUGUUGAAGACCCGGCCCAUUCUCACCAAGAGCCUCACCUGUGCUGUAAUUUAUACCGCUGCGGAUUUAUCAUCUCAGACACUUUCAGGUGCAUUAUCCUUGGGGCAGUAUGAUCUUUUAAGGACGCUGCGCAUGUCGGGUUAUGGGAUGCUGAUUUUAGGACCUUCCCUUCACUUCUGGUUCAACUUUCUCUUUAGGGCUCUCCCAAAGCAAGACCUUAGAUCCACCAUUACAAAGAUGGCUUUGGGACAGACUGUCUAUGGACCUAUUAUGACCGUUGUUUUCUUCUCCGUAAAUGCUGCUUUGCAAGGUGAGAAUGGAGCGGAGAUUCUUGCGCGGCUGAAGCGCGACUUCAUCCCCACGAUGGCAAGUGGCAUCAUGUAUUGGCCAAUUUGUGAUUUUGUCACAUUCAGAUUCAUCCCUGUCCAUCUUCAGGUAUAUAUAUCAUCUCCCUUGCAGAAUUCAACCAAGCAACACAAAACUAUAUCCUCUCUCCAUCGGCAUUCUAUAAGCCCU